AGAAAAAUAGUCUGUUUGUCUGUCUGUCUGCGUCUCCUUAAUUUCAAGAUCUCCAUCUCCAACACUAAACCCUACUACUUUUAUCGAUCUCACCUAACCAACCAGUAUUCAGUUGAAGAAUAUAGUAAGUAAGUAAGUAAGAAUGCUGCAUGUACCGCGGACGAUUGAAGAACAGCUGAUAUUAAGAGCAAUUAAAGAAGAAUGUGUUUGGGAGAACCUUCCUAAACGACUUCAAUCCACUUUGAAUUCCAAAGAUGAAUGGCACCGAAGGAUAACUGAACAUUGUAUAAAGAAAAGGCUCCAAUGGAGCACAUCUUUUGUUCGUAAAGUAUGCAGAGAAGCAGAAUAUUAUGAGGAUAUGAUGCGUUACCUUCGAAGGAACUUGGCGCUGUUCCCUUAUCACCUUGCUGAUUACGUCUGCCGCGUAAUGAGGAUUUCUCCGUUCAGAUAUUAUUGUGAUAUGAUCUUUGAAGUCAUGAAAAAUGAGCAACCAUAUGAUAGCAUUCCAAAUUUUAGCGCGGCAGAUGCCCUGCGACUUACAGGUAUAGGCAGAAAUGAAUUCAUAGAUAUCAUGAACAAGUGUAGAUCCAAGAAAAUUAUGUGGAAGCUGAACAAGUCUAUAGCCAAGGAGUCAUUGCCUACAUACCCUGUGGACUUUGCAAUUGAACCAUGGUGGGGAGUUUGUCUCGUGAACUUUACGUUGGAAGAAUUCAAGAAACUUUCAGAAGAAGAAGCAGCAACAAUUGACAAGAUCUGUAAGGAGGAAGCAAAUGCAUUCAUACUUUUCGAUCCUGUUGUCAUUAAGGGCCUUUAUCGUCGAGGGCUAGUCUACUUUGAUGUCCCUGUUUAUGCAGAUGACCGUUUCAAAGUAUCCAGGCUAGAAGGGUUUGUUUCCAACAGAGAGCAAUCAUAUGAAGAUCCCAUCGAGGAGUUGCUAUAUGCGGUUUUUGUUGUUUCAAGUGAGAACUCAACUGUUGCUGAGUUGGCAACAACGCUACAAGCUGAACUCUCUCAAUUGCAGGCUGCUGCAUCUUUUGCUUGUCGAUUAGGAUGGGCAGUCAAACUAAUUGAUCCUGGAUCUGUCCUUCAAGAACAAACUAGUAAAAUCCUUACUGAUGAAGAAGGCUAUCCUAACAUUUCUGCCGAUAUUGGUUUAUUUCAACAAGAUACUUUAGGGUCGGAAAACCAUGGCCUAAAUUCUGCUUAUGCACGUGUUGCAUUUGUGGUUGAUGCUAACAUAACAUCAUAUUUAAUGAUGGGCUCUGUUUCACCUGGUUUAAAAUCACAUGCAGUAACACUAUACGAAGCAGGAAAGUUAGGGUAUGCUAGCAUUGAAGAUCUUUGCAAAGAUCUAAGCACAUUAGAAGGAACAAAAUUUGAGGGAGAACUGCAGGAGUUUGCCAACCAUGCAUUUAGCCUUCGAAUAAUUCUAGAAUGCUUAACAUCUGGAGGACUUUCCCCCGAUGAAUUAGACACCCCUGCCAUUGGUUCUUUAACCAAUGAAGAGGUUACAACUAUGGUGGCUGAUGUGUCGAAUAAUGAAGAAUCUGAACCUGCUGUAAGUGAGUCGAGCCCACUUGCUAACAAUUCUGAUAUAGCGGAUUCAAAUGGAAAUACUGAUGAUGGUGAGAAAGUAAUGAAAAAGAGAGUGAGGAAAUACCAUGUAGAUAUAUUGAGAUGUGAGAGUUUAGCUAGUCUUCCUGCUACUACACUUGAUAGUUUGUUUAAACGUGACUACGACAUUAUUGUGUCAAUGGUCCCACUUCCUGUUUCUUCUUUAUUACCUGGACCUAAAGGCCCAGUUCAUUUUGGCCCGCCUUCACAUUCUUCUAUGUCACCGUGGAUGAAUUUAGUAUUAUAUUCAGCUAUCGGUAGUGGGCCUGUUUCAGUCAUUCUAAUGAAGGGUCAAUGUUUAAGAUUGCUUCCCGCACCAUUGGCUGGAUGCGAGAAAGCCCUUGUGUGGUCUUGGGAUGGGGCCACAGUUGCAGGCUUAGGAGCCAAGUUUCAAGGGAAUUUAGUCAAAGGAAGUAUACUUUUACAUUGUUUAAAUUCACUUCUUAAACACACAGCCGUAUUUGUGCAGCCCUUUAGUAGGUUUGACCUUAAUGAGUCUGGAAAAAUGAUCACUGUAGAUGUUCCUUUGCCAUUAAAAGACUCGGAUGGGUCAUUUGCUGAUAUAGGGAAGGAGUUGGGGUUAGACAUAGAUGAAAGUUUGAAGUUGAACUCUAUAUUGCGUAAUUUAGCUGAGAAAUUACCGUUAUGGACUGUUGGUUAUAUUCGUUUGUUAAGGUUAUACAAAGAAGGAAAGACUAAUGUGUUUGCACCUGAUGAUGUGAAGUAUGAGUGGGUUCCGUUGUGUGUAGAGUUUGGGAUUCCAUUAUUCAGUCCAAAAUUAUGUAACCUCAUAUGUAAGCGAGUGGUGUCCUCACGAUUACUUCAAACGAGUUCUUUUACUGAUUAUCAUGAUGCAAUGCAAGAAUUAAGACAAAGAUUAAAUGACAUGUGCUUGGAAUACCAAGCAACUGGUUCUGGAGCAAAGAUGCUUUACCAAAGGGAUCAGCCAAGAACUCAAAAGGGUCAACUUAUGACAUAUGCAAGUCAAAGAUGGAAUCCUAUUACUGAACCGUCGUCUCCAAUUUCUGGAACAAGUGAUCAUCUGAGAUUGAAACUUGCUAACCGGCAACGAGGUCAUACUGAAGUUCUUAGCUUUGAUGGCAACACUUUGAGAUCAUAUGCCUUGGCUUCAGUUUAUGAAGACGACACCAAAGUGAAUGAAGAGAGUGGUAAGGUUGAAUCCGAUGAUAAGAACAGUGGAGAAACCAUGUUGCCUGGUGUUAAUCUUCUGUUUGAUGGAUCUGAGCUGUGUCCAUUCGACAUUGGUGCUUGUCUGCAGGCCCGGCAACCAGCGUCAUUGAUUACAGAGGCUUCAGCAGUCUCAGCUUCAUCUUCUGCAAUCAAAUAGGGCCCCCACAACUAGAAGCCUAGUUGUCGAAUUGUAGAUAGAAGAGUUUAUCUGAGUACUAACUGGGACAAAUUAGUUCUUCAUCUUCUGCUUCACUCCUGUUAUUUCUAUUCAAUGUCAUGAAAGCGCUGUUUUAAGUGGCAAAAAACGAGGAGUUGCUCCCAAGUUGUAUCGACUGAAUGCAGAAACUCAUCUCAUAAAGCAAUAAUAUGCCAGCCAUUUCACAAAGCAGAAAUCGCCAAAUUCCAGAUCCAAACUUUCACUGCAGAAGGUACAAAUCGCUAUACUGUUAACUAUGAGUUCUCUUUACACAUAUAUGAACUGUAACAAUGUGUCCAUAUGCACCCUAAAGUUGUGUUUUUCUUUUUGCGCAUAGUGUAAGAAGAUUAGAGUAUAUUUAUGUUUUGUUAACUGGGAUCAACUUUGUUUUCCCUUUACCCAUAUAUUUGGUCAUUAAAUUUGAUUAUCUUUUUGUAUAAGUCGGACGUUGGCCAUAUUCAUUUAUUAAUGUAGAUUUUGAUGAUUUGUUUGUA